GUUUCGAAAUGUCAAAAAAGUCAAAACUGACACAAGGAAGCAGGCGUAAACACUUUAUAACUGAGUACACAAACAAGUCUAAAUUAAUAAAAUACAUUCCUUAGAUACGUGAAGCUCAGUGAAUGUAAACCGUGUAUAAUAUUUGUGUUUAGACAUCGAAACAUUUCCACUAAACAUACACCAUGAGAACCGAUAUAGAAAAAGAAGCCGGGACGUGGCUUCUUAAAAGAUAUGGGCAAUUUUUUAAAGCCCAAUAUCAAGACCUUGCAUCGGCGGUAAAAGGAGAAUUUUGGGAAGAAAAUCGCACAUUCUUACCAGUACAAAUAGUAAUGAAACCCAAUGAACUUGUUCCAAUAUCAGAAUUGGUAUCAUCUGACAACACUUAUAUGACCAAAGUAUUGAGUGUACUCUCGUCAUUAUGUGUCGAAGUUGUGGCUCUAAAAACGGAAGCAUAUGAUAAACAUUUCAAAUUCCUGUCUGUUUAUGAGGAGUAUAAUAACAAUGAUGUUAUUUCACAAAUGGAGUCAAUCUGCGCACUGGCCGCCUUCACUAGCCGUUGUGAUGAUGUACUGCGAAAUCUCUGCAGCCAAGUGUUUGCUAUAUUUACCAAGAGUGCCAUUAAUAUAAAUGGGAUACAACUUCAUUACAUUAUAAAUCACAUUGGAGAAAUAUUUACAAUUCUUGUUUUGUUGGAUUUAUUAAUAUCAAACACUUCAUUGGUGUCUAAUUGGAAUAAAUAUUGCAAAACUAUAAAAUCAUUCAGCCAUGCACCAGAAAAUCUUGACUUGAUGGAUGACAAAUUUAAGGCUGUGAAAGGGGCUAUAAAUACUAUUACCACCAAAAUCAUGAAUGAUGACAUUGUGCAAAGGACUCUUCAAAACUUAACAACAUUAAGGGGAAGUUUGGUUGAUAAGAAUUGCUCAUUAGUAGCAAAUGAGUUCUCACAAUACCUGAAACAAGCAAUAACAAAUCUAGACAAACUGGUACAAGAGCAGCCCAAUGUAAACAAUAUGUACAAAUGUAUAAAAGUAAAUGGCCUUUAUGUUCUUUCUACACAUUUAUUUGGCACCAGUGAAAAGAAGACAUUUAAAUCUUUACUUGAUUUGAAUACAAAGGCACACAGUAUUAAUAUAAUUGGAACAGCAAUUUGGUUUCCUGAACAAUUUCUUCAAAGGCAUGUUGCAGCACAGUGUGCAAAACAUGACAAAAUGUCACAAACUAUGGUUAAAGCACGACAAGCCUACAUCAGUGCUAAGAAAGCUAGUUUAGCAAAGGAUAUUACAAAUUUUCAUUAUUUGUGUAGCCAGUGGGUUCUCAACAUUGAAGAAAUAUUUUCAUCUAAUCACCACAAACUGAGUGCUGCAGAAAUGAGUUUACAUGCAAAGACUCUUCUGAAUGGUCUUGAUAUUGCAUCCAGAACCAACUAUUCAGUGCUCACUUUGAUUAAUUUACACCUCACUCUGGGCAUACCACUUCCUAAGAGCAUAUUAAUAUCUUUGUUUGAGAUAAUGUAUAUGUUAAAGACUUUACGAAAUGCAGUUACUCGAAACCGAAACCAAAUUAAUAUUUCGAUAAACAUGAUUUUGCAGCAUCUAGUGUUCCAGUCAACAUCUUCGAUACUAGAGGUGAAGAAGUCUUUAAUGACAGAUAAAAACUAUGCAAAUAAGAGACUUGAUGAACUAACGUGCCUAGUGAUCGCUGAAAGAACUCUUAAAGGUGCUGCAACUAUCAAACGAAAUAUAGCUGCCAAUAUAGCUUUGAGUUUUGUUCCUGACACUACUUACUUAGAAGACAGUUAUGUUAAGCUGGGUAAACUACUUGAGAAAAUUCAGACUCUAUCGAAUUUCAUGGAUUCUGUGGAUAAGUUAUGCAAUUGCUCAUGGCUGUUGUGGCAUCAAAAUAUAAUUCCGAUUUAUUUUGAUCAAAAUUUUAGCAUGCAGUUGAAUACUUUGAAAUUGAAAUAUUUUCUGAUGGUAUUGGAAGACUGUAUUAUAUUACUACAUGAAACUGAUAAACAAUAUGGAAUAAGAAAGGACCAAGAGUUUCUUAACAAUAUGAAAGCAAUCAUAGAAAAUAAAAUAAUACUUAGUGCAAGUCAAAAUAUUGAGACAAAUUUGAGACUGCACAUACAUUCACAUUUACAGCUAGAUGUAGUUAACCCAUUCACAUUUGAUAUGACAAAAAAAUUGUUGCUAAUCGUUGACAACUUUAAGAUUCAAUUUCUUUACAUGUCCAUAGUGCCAUCAGUAGAACAUUAUUUAUCUACAAUGUACUACAACUUGACCACAGUCGUUCUAUCUGACUGGAAAACUUAUGGCGAAAUGCGACAAAUGGCAAAAUUCAAAUUUAAUCUGAAAACUGUACAAGACAACUUGCCCACGCAAACUUUGGAGCAAGGUUUGGAUGUAUUAGAAAUAAUGAGAAAUAUUCAUAUAUUUGUUUCUAAAUACUUAUAUAACUUGAACAACCAAAUAUUUAUUGAAAAAAGCAGCAAUAACAAACAUUUGAACUCUAUAAAUAUCAGGCAUAUUGCAAACUCUAUAAGGACUCAUGGUACAGGUAUUAUGAAUACUACAGUCAAUUUUACAUAUCAAUUUCUAAAGAAGAAAUUCUUCAUUUUUUCCCAAUUUAUGUAUGACGAACACAUUAAAUCAAGAUUGAUCAAAGAUCUUAGGAACUUCAAGGAGACUGCAGCCCAUAACGGAAAUGUAUACUCUUACAAAAACGCCGAAAAAUUUAACAAGGGAAUAAGGGUGCUAGGGCUAAAUGAAGACGGUCUUAGCUAUUUGGACUUAUUCCGUGAUCUGAUUAGUCAAAUUGGUAAUGCCAUGGGAUAUGUUCGAAUGAUUCGGUCUGGAGGGAGGCACUGCUGUUCGGAUGCUACGAUGUUUUUACCUAACCUUGAUAAUGUCGAGUCUUUCAAACAACUUAGUGAAGAACAUAAUCUUGGACCGAAAACGAUUCAGUCUUCUGAGAAUUUGGAUCGCAACGUCAACGACCUGAUUUCGAAUUUUAUUCAAGGGACUGAAUAUUUCAAGCUGCUUGUAGAUGUGUUUGCUCCUGUAUUUCGUAAUCCGAAAAAUGUUCAUCUCAAGAAUUUCUACGUAAUAAUACCUCCAUUAACUUUAAAUUUUGUAGAACAUAUGAUACUAGCAAAAGAUAAGAUGUCAAAGAAAAAUAAAGUCGGUGCGGCGUUCACUGAUGAUGGAUUUGCAAUGGGUGUUGCGUACAUUAUGAAACUGCUUGAUCAGGAUUCAAACUUUGAAGGUCUUCAUUGGUUUGAUUCUGUUUGGAGACACAUCAGUGAUGAAAGGAAAGUACUCCAAGAACAACAACAACAGGGGUCUGCUCAACUACAGCAAGCAUUAGCACUAACGGAGAAAAAAAUCAAAACUUUGGAAGAAGAGUAUAAGCUAUUGUAUUACAGUCUUACCAGUGCCAGAAUAUUUUUCAGAUAACUAGCAUAUUUAUGAAAAAAACUCAACUAUUUUAGACAAAAACAGCUGAAUAGAUUUUGAUAAAACUUGACAGUAAUAUAGCUUAUACAUCUCCAUAACACAUUAUUAUUUUUAUUCAAGUGAGUUCCCUCACGAAGUAGAUGUAACCGCUGAUAACACGCAAUUAAUCUUGUUAGUCGCGCGCUUUCAGGAAAAUUUGUUGAACCGAUUGGGAUGAAAAGGGUACAGAGGUAGUACAGCGUCUAUACAUACCUAUAGCAGGGACGCUGUGGUGGGGAAUCCGAUAAAAAUAUUAAGUUAUAAGAUUUUAUGAGUUUGAUGUAGUAAUUACGCAAUGCUAUUGGUUUAUAUUUCUCCUCUAAGUUUCUUUUUUGAGUUGAGUCUGCCUGUCCACAUGCACAGGCAUCAACUCACAGCUGCUCAACAGCGCGGCCAAGCAGCAUUUGUGUGAAUGAUAAAGCGGCGGAGUGCGGUGCCUUAUGAGUAGGUAGAAAGGGGCCCUAGGAGGGAGUUUGGGUGGAACUCAAGCAUGGCAGGCUAACGUAUCUGUUUGCUUUCUACAUAGGUAUUGGAUAAGUAUAAAAAACGGAAAGGUCAAGUUUCUUCAACCAUUAAUGGAAAAAAUAGUGAGACAAAAAUUAUGAACUAGGUAUAAAAAUCCAAUAGACCCCCUCAACUACUACUGGGACUAGAUGGUGUAGUAAACUCAACUUUAGAAUAAGCUAUAUAGAGAUUAGGUUGUAGCUAUACUCCAUUUAAGUAGCCACUCAACUAAAGGUUAACAAUACACAUAUAGGACUUAUAUAUUUUUUUUUAAAGUAGUGCUUAAUGAUUCAAUUGAUUUCUAACUACAUUUUAUUUUUACACUGAGUUUUCCAAUAAAAGUCAUAUCAAGAUUGUUUACCUUUACCUAAGUGCCUACUCAAACAGAGUAUGUAUUUUUUCGGUAUGUAUUUCUUGUCAUUGUGCCAAGAAAGUUUAACUGUUAAAUAGAGAAGGUGGAUAUAUCUGACUUUCUCCUAUUAAUGUAUUGAAUAUUGACUUCUAUAAUAUAAAAUAUACCUUAAUCUUUAUUAUGUGCUACAUACUAAGAAAUAUAUACGUUUGUUAAAAAAUAAUUAAAGAACAUUUAUAAUGCAACAA